GUGCAUGUGCGCAUCCAGGGAGCGGGAGAGAGAGAUAGAGUGGGAGAGAGAGCAGCAACUUAGUUACCGACCAUCACUGCCGUGUCUCCUCCGGCACAGCGCGCUGAAAGAGAAGCAUUUGGCAGUUAUGGUUGAUCAACGUUUCUUUCAUCCUCUCCCGUGCAUUAGUGAAGACAGCUGCAUCUACGUCCCUAUUUCUGUUUCGUUUCGAAGGAUCAAAAAUAAAAAAGAGAUGUUGAAGCACCCAGGAAAGACCCUGUAUUUUCUUCAAUGUGCGUGAGAUGAUACUGAGGAUACCUUAGCAGGACUGCAAGCUUGGCCAUGAUUUGCAGGAAAAUGCAGCUUUGGAUUUCAUAUGUUUUGCUCGGUGCAACAUCAGUGUGCACCGUAGAGAUAUCUGACCAUUAUGGGGAAAUCUGUCAAGAAUUGUGUGCCUGUGAAGAAAGAGAAGGGAUGCUUACGGUGAGCUGUGAAAGCAGAGGAAUUGCAAGACUCUCAAACAUAAGCCCAGUGCUGUUCUCUCAGUAUCAACUGCUCCUUACUGGCAAUCUUUUGACAAAGCUUUCUACCAAUGAUUUUACUGAGUACAAAGGACUUACAAUAUUACAUCUUGGAAAUAAUGAAAUAUCUGAAGUUAAAGCAGGAGCUUUUAAUGGACUGCAGGGAUUAAAACGAUUACAUCUUAAUAAUAACAAAAUUGAUGCCUUGAAGGAAGAGCUUUUCUAUGGCCUUGAAAGUCUGGAGUAUUUACAGAUUGAUUAUAAUUAUAUCAUUCAUGUGGAGCAAAAUGCCUUCAGUGGACUUCGACAUUUGGAGGUCUUGAUUCUAAAUGACAAUUUGAUUUCUAGUCUGCCUGUAAACGUUUUUCAGUUUGUACCAUUGACUCAUUUAGACCUAAGAGGGAAUCAGCUCAAAGUGCUUCCCUACAUAGGUUUGCUGGAGCAAAUGAACAGUGUCGUGGAGUUACAGCUGGAGGAGAAUCCGUGGAACUGCUCCUGUGAGUUGAUUGCUCUUAAGACUUGGCUGGAAAGCAUUUCGUAUACAGCGUUGGUUGGGGACGUAGUUUGUGAGUUCCCCUUUCGGCUUCAUGGGAGAGACCUUGACGAGGUUUCAAAACAAGAGUUGUGCCCCAGGAGAGCCAUCGCUGAGUAUGAGAUGCCACCUUCGCCUCAUUUGGGUGCUGAUGCAUACUACAGGACCACCCCAGCUCUCGGUGCCUUCUUCACUGCAUCUGGCAUCGCAAGAUCCUCUUCGAGACCAACCAAGGGACCCCGUCAGGCGGCCAAAUUAAAAUCAAAACCCACCGCCCGCGUUCUGUCAAAUAAGCCACAGAAUUAUGGUCAAAUUGUUUCUUAUCAGACCAAAUCUCCAGUGCCUUUAGAUUGCCCAGCUGCCUGCACCUGCAACCUCCAGAUUUCAGACCUUGGGCUGAAUGUGAACUGCCAGGAGCGAAAGAUUGAACAGAUUUCUGACCUGAAUCCCAAACCAUAUAACCCAAAAAAGAUGUAUCUCACAGGAAAUUACAUCCCUGUGGUGCAUUGUUCAGAUUUUAUUGAGGCAACUGGAUUAGAUUUGCUUCAUCUUGGUAACAAUAGGAUAGUUCGGGUAGAUGACAGGGCUUUUGGUGAUUUGACAUAUCUGCGAAGACUGUACCUUAAUGGAAAUUUGAUUGACCAUCUCAGAGCCAAUAUGUUUUAUGGACUAGAGAGUCUACAGUUCUUAUAUUUAGAAUACAAUGUCAUCAAAGAAGUAACUGCUGACACUUUUCAGCAUGUCCCAAAACUUCAGCUUCUUUUUUUAAACAAUAAUCUCUUGAAAACCUUGCCAGAGGGUACCUUUAAUGGCUUGGCAUUAGCCAGACUAAAUCUUCGUAACAACCACUUGCGGUAUCUUCCUGUCAGGGGUGUGCUUGAUCAACUUACAGCUCUUGUUCAAGUCGAUUUGUAUGAGAAUCCCUGGGAUUGCUCUUGCAGUAUACUAGACUUAAAGAUGUGGUUGGAGCAUCUUAGCAUAGGCACAGUUGUAAACAACGUCAUCUGUGCCUCCCCCAAGAAGCUGGCUGGGGAAGAUAUGAGAUACAUUAAGACAACUAAUUUCUGCCCUAAUAACUCUGAUAUACUUGCUUCUAUGAUUCCACCCUCCGAGGAAUCCUUUCCGGGGAGCACUAUCACUAUAGAAACAUCCUUAGACUCUGACACUCAGCUCAGCACCAUUCCUUUAUCUGUAAUGAUUCUUGCCCUUCUCCUUUUAUUUAUUGUGUCUGUGUUUGUGGCUGCAGGACUGUUUGUGGCUACAAAAAAGAAACGCCAGAAGAGUCAAAGUGAGCAGAACGAAUCGAUGAAUGCUUGCAUUAGCUCUCUCAACAUGGAGUAUGGCCUUUACAAAAAGGGAUCUAUUCCCAAAGUAAGAACAUCAGCUGGGCAUGUCUAUGAGUAUAUCCCUCCUCCCACUGAAGCCACAUGCAGAACUGCUGCACAAACCCCCAUGGACAACAAAUCCGUAGAUGGAUUUAGAGACUUUGACGAGUUAAGCAGCGCCUUUCUGGGUAACCUAGAUGAAGAAGCAGCCAGUAAUGUAAUAAGCUCAGAGUAUGGCGCCACCACUCCAGAGCCUCUCAACAAGCCCUUCGCUCCUUGCCGAGACGAUCCAUGCUACUAUAGAGAUGUACUCGAGCCUGACAAGAGCAGACGUCACAGCAAUACUUUACUGUGCAGGCAUGGAGCACACUCAUCAAAUCAGUAUACCUCAGACUUUGAUGCAAGUCAUCAAUACGUGCACCCAGAGAGAAUACAACAGACAAUACUGUACUGUACGACACCAAGUACUGUUUAUGUUGACCCGAACAGGAGCGAGUACUGGGAGCUGAAAGCCAAGCUUCAUCUUGAUCCAGAUUACCUUGAGGUUCUGGAAAAACGAACUACAUUCACACAGUUUUAAGACACGUGUCCUCCGAAUGAUCAGAGUGGAUACAUUUGUGUGAUAUGCUCAUUGAAAUAAAAAAGGGCAAUUUUCUCAAUUGAGCAAACUGCAUUGCGGGAUAUUUAAUGGAUUUCUGGGAAUUAUGCUUUACAGAGCAAGUGAUAUAAGGGGGACAUUAUUAAUUUUGAAGCGUCACUUAACACUUCAGUCCAGUGUGGUUUAGCAGUUUAGUUUGAGUGUGCAAAUAUGAACAUGAAGCUACAGAUUCAGGGCUCCUAUGAUUCACCCUAUUACUGAAUUCACCCUAAAGCAGUAUCAUUGAUAAUAAUCAAACAGUGUGCUUUAACUACCAGAUUGGCUGCAUUUUAUGAGCCUUAAUGAACCAUGCAGAUGAUAUGUUCUUGAUCCCCAAAUAAGCUUAUAUUCUUUAACAGAGAUACAUCUAAGGCAGCAUGUUCUGCCUUUUUCUUACUUUUUUAUAUGAAAAGCAGGCAUCCAAGUCCAAGUUAAAUUUAAUUGAUUUAUCUGCAGGUACUCAUCAAAAUUUAUUUUCCGAGAUGGAAAACUAGAUUAAUGAUAUUAAAUGCAUUAAUAUUCAAAGGUUUUACCACAAAACAUAAAUUUUGAGUGAAGUAAAUGUCUCCACUCCAGGAGAUAUGGGGGAGAAUGAUAAUGAGAACGAUGAUGAUUAUCGGUACCUUGAUAAUAUUAGACUAAUCUAAUUUGUAUACUUGGACCCUUCUGAUGAUAACUUCUCACCUCUCAACCAGCAAAUGUUUUGGAUUAGGUAAUACUUGUUGCACUGAUUAGUAACCAAAAAACUUUGAUUAGUUCAGAUGUGUUUCUUUUGUCUUCUAUUUCUAUUCUCUUUACUGCUAAUUUGUACAAAUGUAGUUUCUGUCAUUUUACACAUAAAUGUAUGUGUUUUGUCAACAUUGUUUUAUAUCAACACCAAAGCAAUCUAAAUACACAAAAUAUAAAAACAGGAAUAUGCAAAGAAAAUCUUUUUAAAUGUUUAAUUUGCACUACCCUUAUUUCCUAUGUAAGUGUGCAGCUGUAUUUCCACCACAGUUAAUAGUCCAAGAGUCCAAUCUGCUUAGUGUGGCUAAGCAUGAAAUAGAGCAGCUGACUUAUAACAAGACACCUUGUCAGUGUCAGGUUUGGCUUAAUUUAGAUGAGGAAAUUAUACACUUUAGCUCAGCCUCAUCAUUGAAAGGACACCAGUGUUUAAUUAGCUGAUCGCAGUAGGAAAAAAAACGAAUUAUGUUCAAAUGAGUGAGUAACUCCGCAUCAACAAAAGUAUUUUCAGGCUUAGAUAGGUUAUGCAAAGUGCAAUAUUUACAUACUAGGUUAGGAUGUGUAUAGCAAAAACAAAAUGGGAAGCUUAAAAUAUAAUUUCUGUAAGAUACCUGGCAGUUCAGAAAUAUAAAUCUUCCCCCAAACCAAAUUCUUCCUUAAACUAGUACUCAAACAUAGUAUUUUGUCUGUUUGCUUUAAUUUGUUCUCAAUGUAAUGUUUAUUUUUUCAUGACCCGCUGUGUAAAAACAAGCAAAGAAGGAAGUAUUUAAGUUGACUUAAAAAAGACAUCGCAAAACACUUUGGAAUAAAGCUGUGAAGUGGUGUGUUUCAGUUCAAAAUCUCAUUCAGCCCUUUCUGAAACUUUCUUAUUCUGAGUUUUGCAUGUUAAUGCUGAGGUUAUGGAAUUUCACUUGUUUCUGUGAUCUAGACGAAGAUCAAGUCAGUAAUUUGAAUUUAUAUAAAACCCAUCUCAGAUGAAAUCAUGCAGUGUGUCAUAAAGUAAAAACAUAACAUGUUGUGCAAAUAAUAUAAGAACAGAAAGCAUAGAACAGCAAAAUAUUUAGAAAUAAAAAUAUAAAACAACUCAGAAAUACUAUCUUUCAUCAGACAGUGUUAAGAUCAUGUUCAUGUUUCAACAUGCCAAGGGACACUAUCCUUUAGCUGUUAAAAAAUCGAUUUGUAGAGCCAACUUUGGUAAUAAAAUGUUUUUUUCUUACAAAUAUACUCACAAUUGACAUGAAUUUAGUUAAUCCAAAUAGUGCCAAAUUGUAUCAAAUGUCAUCUCAAGGUGCUUUAUAAAAAGGUCCAAUUUAGAUGUAUUUAUAUAGAAGUAAAAUUGAUUCAAAUUCAUCUAUACUCUAUAGUAAAUAUAGAGUAUAGAUGAAUUUGAACCAAUAUACUAUAUACUAUAUUUAAUGGUCAACUCUUCCCAACAAGCACAGACAAUGGGGAAAUUUGGGUUGUAUAGCUUCAACAAAAUACACUAGAAAAACACCAAAAAAAGUAUUGCAAAUGCUUGUUUAAUGUAGUCCAAUGUUUACAUUUGGUUUUAUUGCUGCUCUAUCUCAACAAGCAAGAACAAAUUGAUUUUUAGGCCAAUUGUCGUUGUAGUGAUUGGAGACAACUGAUGACAUGGUGGUUUCAUAGGAUCCGCUUUCUAUGUUGUAAUUUUUAACUGCUACUCAACAAGGAAAAGGGACAGGCAUGGGUGUAAGCAUAUAGAGGAUACAAUGACAUGUAAUUCAUCCUAAAACUCCCCGAAAUUUUACUUUUUACCAAGUAUCUUAGGUUCCUUAGCCCAAAUAUGUACUGUUGGUAUUCAGGACAAUUUGGCUUCCAUAAAGCCAUUACAGUAUUUAAUUAAUUGGUCUAUACAUUCUUAAUCACAGGAGUUUCAUGUUUGCAGUCCUUCAACCAUCUUAUUGUUAUACUCUCUCUUGUUCUAAAAAAUGGCAAUCUGAAAGAUGACGUUUGGUGCUUUUACUGUUGCUAUCAAAUAUUUCGGACAUUGAAAUGUCAGGAAGGUGGAGAAAAACUGCAUGCAGUGUUGCCUUGCAGCAAGAAAAUGUGCAUGAGUAGAUCUUCUCUUCUUAAAACUAAAUGUGUGUGAAUCUGAUUAAUUGGCCACUUUAAAUUGCCCUUCGAUGUGUGUGUGUGUGUGUGUGUGUGUGUGUGUGUGUGUGUGUGUGUGUGUGUGUGUGUGUGUGUGUGAUAGAUUGGUGACCUGCCCAGGUUGUACCCUGCCUCCUGGCCUUGACCCUACAAGAAAUAAGAGGAUAUAGAAAAUAAAUGGAUCGGCGUUCAUGUGUAAUUUUUAUAUACCGUAUUUUCAUUUUAAAACCAGACAUUGGUGUAUUGGUUGGAUUUGGGUUGGGUCUAUUUCAUGCUCUGUCUCAAUGUUGUUUCUGUUAAAUUUAUUGGCUUCAGGCCCAUGUGAGCAUAUGUUAAAUGACUAUUUUUAUAUUAACAAUUAAGGACAUUCAGAUUCUUCUUUUAUAUCUGUUAUUUGUAUUUCUUUAUUAACAAAAAAUGUGAAAAUGUACUAUUGAUUAAACUGAUCAACAAUGAUGUCACUUUUGUAAAUGCACAAUACAGUACCAUUCAUAUAGCCAUAGAUUUGGUCUGAUAAAUGCAUACAGAAGGGUUAUAUAAUGUUACAAAAUAUUGUACUAUGCAGAGAUAUGGAUAAUACUCAGACAAUCUGCUCAUCUCUCAGUUGCCAUUCAACUAUUAUGACUAUAAUGUCAUCUUCCAAAUUUACUGCAGUUGGCAAAUUAUGUUUUUACGGUAAGGGUUAUUAAAAACCAUGUAUAAAAAUCUGCUAAUAGAUGGUGAGAUGAAAAAUAACAACAAAUGACGUGUUAAUCGGAUAAAGUAUUUUCUAUGCAUAAGACUUGCUUCAAAGUAAACUAAGCACAUCAUCCAGUCAUUAUGUAUUCUAAUCAGGUCCUAGGGUAAUAGAGUAAGCCAAGAAAUGUGACUUUCCAUGAGAGUUAAAUACACACAGUCAGUUCUCAAAUGCACUGAACUUGUUGCCAUAGCUCAGCAUGGUGUAUCUACAUCCUGUCUACAUGACAGCAAGUUUUCCAUUGCAGCAUGAUACUUACCAAGGAGGAAGUCUUGAUUUGUUGCCUUUCUCGUGUCAGAGUAACUUUGUCAUGAAUUUACUUAUUUCUGAUUAGAACUGUGAUUAGAGCAGCUGUCCUAAAAUAUUCACAGCUGAUGCAUGAUAUGUACCCGCACAGCUUUGUUUUGUUUUAUAAAAUGGAAGUGGUGAAAACACAGAAAACUAUUAUAAAUGCACUGUUCUUGUUGUAGAGGGUUGCUGGUGUUUGGUUGAUUGUAUAAGUUCUCAAGUUUGUUUAAUUUAUGUGCUGUAAUUGUUUUCAGUUCAAAGCAGCAAAAAACAAAAACGUACAUCUCAAAAAAUAUGGUUCAUGUAGGGUUGGGGGAAGUCUCUUGAAUCUUAUUAGGGAUGUCCCGAUCUGAUGCCAGGUUUUGGCUGUGCGUCCUGAUGAAGAAUUGUUAAUUGAUCAGAAUUGAAUUUCCUGACCAAACCCAAUCCCCAAUAUUUUUUGUGAUCUACCAUCUGUGAUAUUGCAGCCGCACUACCAGAGAGCAGCCUGGUUUUUUUUUUUUUUUUCAAAAUCACAGCUUAUUUUUUGUGCACAGUUUAAAAAAACUGUUAAAUGGACUGUGCACAUUACCUUAUUGAUCUAACAAAUCUGGAGAUUCACCUUGCAAUUUAAAGCAGUCAUCAACUGUUUCCUUGCAAGGUAUGGUGGUGUAAUGCAAAACCCAUGUUAUGCAGGUCCCAACAUGGGAAGCAGAUUUUCUGCAACACCAAGUCCUUACAUGACAUUAAAGCAUGUAUGUUACUUUUGAUGCAGUCCUGCUUUGAAGAUUGUGUGUGUAUUUGGAACAAUGGUGUGGGAUUUACGGUGUUCAACUGUGUCAAGACAAGGUACAAUACUUUUAAUGUGACAUCCUCUUGUUUUUGUAUUUUCUUUCCAUGUUUGAGGAUCAACUAAAGAUAUACAAAUGAAAUUUUAGUUCUAUGAGUUCUAUGAGUGCCCCCACAUGAUCAGAUAUUUAUUAGCCAACCUAUUCAGAAAGUAAGUCAAGCUUCAGUUUCGCUUACAGUGCAGACAGAGCAUUUGCAUAGAUUUGCAUGAAAAUAAUUAUAUUGUUUUGUUUCUGCAGCAAUAUUAGGAAACCAGUUGUGUAAAUGCUGUAGUAGUUGCCCAUCUGUUCUGUAUACAUGGCAUGUGGGAGCUAUAGCACUUAUGUGUCAGAAUAUUUUGACAUGUCCAAAACAUCUCUGGCAUCCUUGCUUAGUUGGUGGUCAAAUAAUGUAUGCUACAGAAUUAAAUGCGAAGGAUGUUGAUGCUAAAGGGUUAUUUACCUAAAACACCAAAUGGGAUAUAAAUUAUUUUCACUCUUUACAAUGACAUUUUCAGUGAAUAAAGAUUGUAUUGGUUCCUGAAGCAUUCAGUCAGUCUGUGUCAUGUGACCUACACUGGGCUGUGCUCAGAUAUCCCUGUCUGACUGGUAAACAGCAACUGAAACAGUUAUCAUUACAUUAGUCUUAGUUUAUGAUACAGGGACCUUUUACUUUUUAUAUAUUUAUCAUACAUCAUAUAAUAAAGUAGAGUAAACAUGCCAACGUUAGCCUAGCACUUUGGAAAACUGCUCAGCAUGAAAACUGUCUCAGCAGGAGCAAGAUGUAAGAUUAUUUCAGACUCCAGCUGAAUGUUCAGAGUCAAAUAUAUCUUUAGAAACAAAUGGUAAAGUGAUGCUUUAGCUGGACUUGGUAUCUGCAAAUGCCUGUUCGUAACUGACUUAGAUUGGUACUAGGGACAGAAAGUCAUGAUCCUCCCUAAGUAUUAUCUAUAUUAAGGUUCAUAACAAUUUUACAAUGCAACAAUGUAAAAAAAGGAGUUCAAUGUAUAUACCAGAAAUUUGUAAAGAUUUUAAUCACCGUGUUGUUAUUACAGACAAUAUGCAAUUGUUUUUUGGUCCCAAUCAAUACUAUAAAUACUAAUAAUCUAAACAUGCUAGAAUAAAAUGUGACUGUUGUGUGAAUAUUUGCGAAUGUUUUAAUUACUAAGAAGAAAUUUGGUCAGUUUCUGGUUCUUAUUUCAACUUCUCUUGUUUGCCUGUGUUUGCUGUGUUUGAUUUUAUUACAGAACAGGGAUUUUUCUGUGUCAGCCUCUUAUUUGUAAAUAGAACAUUUCAUCAGCAUUUUCAUUGCAAACUUGCAAUUGUCUUUGAAGGCAAAAAAUACCUUUGUCUCUUUUAUUUGGAAAAACACAGUGCAACUAGGAAUAUGUGGGAUAAAUAUAUCUACAGUGUGCCGUUUUAUUUAGUAGUUAGCUAAUGAAUAAAACAUAUGCAUUCACUUGA